AUGAGCCGGUGGCGUCGUUCAGUGGACGAGCUGGCGGCGCGGCGGCGGCAGCAGAGCGAGUGUGAGCGUGCUCAGGAGGCUCUCAGUCGGGUCACUUCCUGUUUCCAGCAGCUGGCGGCGUCACUCGGCAGCUCGGCAGACUGCAGCUUCCUGCGAGAAGAGAUGGAUGACACGAGAGCACUAGCACACCAAAUCUCCAGCGGUCUGUCCCGGCGGCUGGUGCGUCUGCUGUCAGAUUGUGACUCCGCCCCCUCAGGUGUGGAGGAAAGACAGGCGUCAGAGCGUCUGUGGGUUCUCUUCCUGUCGGCGUUAGACAACUUCCUGUCUGACCUCCGUAAGGCCUGCUAUCUGAUUGGACGGUUCCCUCUGAGCCAGCGCUACGACAGACGCUCGCUAGUCAACACAGGAUGUAUUGAUGGUGUGGUGGGCGUGGCAGCUCGAGUGGCUUCAGUCCAGGCACCAUGGCUCACCUUGGAGGAGGAGCUGAGCCCUGAUCUGAUCAAUCACAUCGCAGGACUGGAGGCCAUGCUGAGUGAGAUGCAGCUGAGGGUUCCUGUCGCAUUCUGGUCGGUAGAGGCGACCCAGCCAGCAUGGGCCGAAGCUUGUGGUGAACUGUAUGAACCAGACGACACCCUGGAGGACCUGAUGGAGGUUGAGGUUGUCUCCAACAACAGCAACAACAUGGCUGCAUGUUGCCAGCCACCGUGCUGUGGACUGGGCUGUGUCGGGUAGAGGGGGGAGGAAGCAGAGUCAAGACUGAGAUCACUGACAUCACCUGGAUGAAACCCACCUGACAACAGGUUUCUCAUACUGUAUAUUCAUUCUUCAUUAUUUUACUACGACGACUGUGAGUGGAAAAACAUUUAGAAAUUUCGUUGAAAUAUUUUGAGUUAAAAGUUAACAAGUAUGAGAAUAAAGUAAUAAUUCUAUAAGAAAAAGUCAUAUUGUCG